AUGGCGUUCGGUACUAAUGGUUGCCGUGACAUCACCACGAUCGGCGAAGCACUGCUCGGUGAUGCGUGCCGUGCCAGAUUGAUGGAGGCUCGCAUCAUGGGCAAUUUCAAAGCGGCUGGUACUAUUCCGUAUAUGUUCUCGUUAUCACGGCUGCGACGGUACUUUACACUUCUGAUGAAGUUUGCUGUGGUUUGUGCCGUCUUUGGAAGCUGUUUUCUGAUCUACAAUGGAGUAGAGCGAGUGCCAGUAUUCAUUGAGCUCUUCGAGCAGACCAUCAACAACCAGUAUUAUGAGCGGUAUUCCCGGCAACUUGCGGUGGAUAGGACAAAUGUGCGGAUGUGGCGGUUGCACAUGAAACAAUCUUUUCUCGAUCCACGACUGUCUCCGAUCAACUGCAGCAUCGUGCCAAGGGUUUCCGUUUGUGCAGAGGUCGACUUCGUAGUGGUUGUCCACGUGAGAGCAGAUGAUGACCAAUCGAGAACUGAUUGGAGAAAUACGUAUGGCGCAGGACAAUUGAGAAGAAAAUACAACUACACUCUUCUAUUUUCUGUGGGUAGGCCAGGUUCACUGCAUCAUCAGAAGAUUAUCGAGGAGGAGAGCGCUCUAUACGAUGACAUUCUGCAAUUCGACUUCAACGAUACUUAUCGAAAUCUAACACUGAAGCACUUGGCCGAGUUACGGUAUCUGGCCUCGGCCUGUGAUGGAAACGUGGUGCUUCUCAAAUGGACGACGAUGUUGGAUGGGAUGUUCAACGGGUUUCCGAUUUCACGAAGAAUAACCUCACCUCUGACAAACUUUACUGUUCUCGGCGUGUUGGUCAUAUACCGUUUCGAGACCCAAAAUCGAAAUGUCGUGAAACGGAUGCUCGACGUGGUUCAUCUCCAACGCUUUUUCUGGAUUGAUGACGUUUCAUCACUGGUGACGUCACCGCGAAGCAGCUAA